AUGUCUCAAGAUACUGGGUUGUUCAGUGUGAGGCGCCCACGAGAGACCCUCGGGAGCGUCCAAAACUUCACUGCAAUCCCUCAGCCUGCCUCUGCGCUCAAGCGCACAAGCUCAGUUGGAUUUAACAACCCCCCAUUUUCUUCGCAACAUCACCGACCAUCUCUGCUCAACUCAGCAGGCCGACCCCAGCAGCCUAACUUCGCGCGCGCGUCUGUCGGAGGCCAGUUUGGAGCCGACACUGGUCUCUCGUCUGUGCGACGAUCCGUGUCGAGCAACAUGUUUGGGAGCCAUGGCCUCAGCACUGGUCGACAAAGCUACGCGCCAGGCUCCACUUCCUCCAACCCUGCUCCUCCAAACUUGCAACGCCGAAGCAGUGUCUUUUCCCGGCCCUCGAUGGGAGGAUCCAUGGGACAUCAGUCAUUUUUCAAUCAAGUUCCAAAUGUUGCUGGAGUUCCGAGAGAUCCACGACCUCUCCGAGACCGGGCCUUUCAAGCGCGCAUUGGGCAGGAAUUGCUAGAGUAUCUAACGAACAACAAAUUCGAGCUGGAAAUGAAGCACUCCCUUGGACAGAAUACACUGCGCUCACCUACCCAAAAAGAUUUCAACUACAUCUUCCAGUGGCUCUACCAUCGCAUUGACCCCGGGUACAAAUUCCAGAAAGCAAUGGAUGCCGAGGUCCCUGCUAUUCUUAAGCAACUACGAUAUCCUUACGAGAAAGGCAUUACGAAGUCACAAAUUGCGGCCGUUGGUGGCCAGAAUUGGUCGACCUUCCUGGGAAUGUUGCACUGGUUAAUGCAAUUGGCGCAGAUGAUGGAUGGUUAUGUUCAUGGCGAUUACGACGAGGCGUCUGCGGAAGCUGGAGUCGAUACGACGGGGGAUCGAAUCAUUUUCCGCUUCUUGACCGAAGCCUACCACGACUGGCUUCAAGGUGGCGAGGAGGAAGACGACGAGAUGGCGGAGCAAAGGCUACUUCCACAUAUUGAGAAUAUGUCACAAGAGUUUGCCCGUGGAAAUGAGCGAUAUGUGCAGGAGAUGGAGGCUCUGGAGGCAGAAAACCAGGCUCUCCACAAACACUUCCGCAUUUUGGAAGAUGAUAAACGGAAGUUCGAAGACUACAACCAGAACGUCCAGGGCAAGAUCGAGAAAUAUGAGACUCGCAUCAAGUUCUUGGAUACAGAGAUCCAGAAAACCGACGUGGAACUCCAGGCGACCGAAGAAGAGCGAGCGCAGCUUCAGGCUAGUGUUGAUCGGCAGGGCAUCACUACACAAGAUAUUGAUCGCAUGAACACAGAGCGAGAGCGUCUCCAAAGAAGUCUUGAAGACACCAUGGCUCGCUUAGAAGAGACCCAUGCACGUGUCAUGGAGAAAGAGGCGGAAGCUAGCCAGAAGCUUGAAGACCUUGAGCAGAUCGUCAAGGCUUACAAUACUCUAGGCUACCAAACCAGUUUAAUACCCGAAUCCGCCGAGAAUGCCAAAGGCCAAAAUUUCGAGCUUCAUCUACAAGUCAACGAGAAUAACUUCUCCGCCAGCCAAAUUGGAGGCCCGUCCAACCGGAUCCCCUCUGAGCGCGAUCGUCUUUUGGCAGAGCCUUUCACUGGAUACCACCCAGCACAUCUGCUGAAUCUCGACCUACGAGGAUUUGUACGGAACAGCCUACAUUCUCUACGGAAGGAGAUCAACGAACGGCGUAACCAGGGGAUCAAUGAUGAUAUUGAACACCGGAACCUUCUCGACAAUAUCAAGGAGGCCAUGGAUGAAAAGCGGAGUGAGGUGGAGGCCCUUGAGCACCGACGCCGGGCAGCCGAGGAGGAAUUUGAGCGAACGAAGGAGAUCACGACCACACAAAAGACGGCAUCGGAUGCACAGAUCGAAAAGAUGGAGAAAGAGCUCGCCAAGAUGCGAGCGACUCUCAGCGAUAGUGUUCAAUUAAUGGAGCAACGGGAGAUGAAUACCAAUAUCGAGUAUGAGCAGUUGACCCUCCGGGCGAAUGCGCUCCGAGAGGAAUUGCAUACCAAUGUUGAGAACAUGCUCAACGAUGUCAUCAAGUUCAAGGUCCACGUCCAAAAGGGCUUGGAAGAUUAUGAAAGCUUUGUGGUUGAUGAGGUGGAGCAGGAGUUGGGCGGCGAUAUGCCCCCGGAUGAGGAGCUAUGA